CGUUAUGAUUUCACACGCUAUCGACAACCCAAUAAUAUAAAGAAGUAUCCAUCCCCCAACCCCGACGAGCUCCUCCUCGGGAUGCGCCGCCUCUGCCGGCUGCACCCGCCGCGGCGUUCAUUCAGCAUCGAUGCCCGGCGCCGGCAGCAACCUCGCCGGAGAACCACGGCCCCACUUCGCAACCUCUUUCUUUUCGCUUUUAUUCUUCCCGUUUCAUCCCCCCCCCCCCCCCCCCCCCCCUCCCUCUCUCUCUACUCCCCCUACAGGAACGGGCCAUGGCCGCCUCAAGUAGGCCCCAACCGCCGCCGCCGGUCUCUACGAAGAGCUUGCGCCACCGGAUCUGCGGCCUGCGCUGUCCCCAUUCCUAGAUUCGGUGGAGUUCGCCCGCCAUCCCGUGUCUGCACGCCCAAGCCGUUGCGCACCCCUCCCGCGGGCCGCCGCUUUGCGCCGCCGUGCAUCCCAGGUUGGGUAACAAGCCGGGGCUCGGAGUUCGAUGGUCAAGAAAGGAGGACAUGGAGCGAGGCGUUCUUGGUGGCCGCGCACACGGGGCAGGUGUUCACGGCGGGUUCGCACGCGCCGCACAGGGACAGGUGCCGGCAAUGGAGCAGCAGAACGCAGGCGUCCCACGGCGAUGGCGCAGGGGGGUUUGCAGCAGCUGGUGCGCGGAGGCCGGCAGCGAUGACCUCGUGGCUCUUAGCGACGCCAAGGCACGCCUGGCCCUCUACUGUCAUCUGUACACAUGCCAUGGCGGCCGCGCCAUCAAGCUCCAGCACCAAGCCAAGCCACCCCUGGCCCUCUGCCGUCAUCUGGACGCAUGCCAUGGCGUUCGCGCCCUCAAGCUCCAGCACCAGCCCCGCCUUCCUACGCCGCGCCGCCGCCCGCGUUCCUCUGCUCCGACCGCGCCCGACACCCGUGCCGGCGACCCCUUCGGCCCUCGCCACGCCGGCGACCACCAAGAACCCCGCCACCUCCUUGCCUCCGCUUGCGACGGAGGCCCGCGGGUGUGGGAGCCGGCAACGGCCGCGGCCUCGAGUGUCUCCAGCGGGGUAGGCGGUGGCGGCGGGCUGCGGCGGGGCUGCGGCCGGCGGCUCGCGGCAGGGGGUGGCGGAGCGCUGGAGGUGGAGAUGCGAUUGGGAGUGUUUUUUUUUCUAUCGCUCGUAACUGUUUGGGUUGACCUUGGACUGCGGGUUGAUUCAUAUAAACUUUAAGGGCUUUUAUGCAAAAGUACUAAUGACGGACGACCAGAAGGGAUAGCUGCUUUAUUAGUAGGUAAAGAUUUUGCCGACUAUUUGUUCAAA